AUAUUAAUAUCUUUAUCUUUUAGGCAUGCAGGACUUCAACUACCUUUAUACCAACUGCUUUGAGAUCACUCUAGAGCUGAGCUGUGACAAGUUUCCCCCAGAGUCGGCGCUGCCCAGAGAAUGGCUCGGCAACCGAGAAGCAUUGAUUUCAUACCUCGAACAGGUGCAUCAUGGGAUAAAGGGCAUGGUUUAUGAUGAGAACAACAACCCAAUCAGUAAAGCUGAGAUCUCUGUUGCUGGCAUCAACCAUGAUGUUACAACUGGUGUGGAUGGCGACUAUUUCAGACUUCUGCUGCCAGGAACAUACACAGUGAAAGCCUCUGCUCCAGGUUACCUUUCCUCAUCCAAUACAGUGACAGUGGGACCAGCUGAAGCUAUCCAGCUUAAUUUUUACUUGAAAAAAGCUCCAAAACAAAACCUGAAGGGGAAGCACCAUCAUGGCAAGAAGAACAUAUCUGCCAACAAGGCCUCACUGAAGCUUGGCCCAAGAUGAAACAUGCAGAAAAACUCAGACAUCAUACAGAAGAUAACCCAGAGACACAGAGAAGGCCCCACUUAAUCGAUACCCCAGCAUAUUGAUCAUCUAAAUGAUGUGUUCAUGAUAUAUCUUUGUACUAUUAGGGUAAUUACACAAUAAAAACUUUUUAUUUUCAUUGAUGAUUA